CGUGAUUCCCAGCUGCCCUUGCGCGGGGAGAAAGGCCGGACCGGUAACUGCCGGCGGUUUGGAAGUGACUCCAGAGACCCGGCAGUCGGUAGGGGUAGCGACCUGUGGGCGGAGCUAAGCGGAGCCUGUGGCGGGGAGAAAGGCCGGACCGUAGCUGCGGGGUCCGGGCCAUGUCGGUGGUUUUCGUGCCGGAGCGGCUGCGCGGGAAAGCGGAGGUGAAUCCAGAGACCCUGCAGCGGUUACUAGAGGAAAACGAUCAGCUGAUUCGAUGCAUUGUAGAAUAUCAAAAUAAAGGAAGAGCUACAGAAUGUGUGCAGUACCAGCAUAUCUUGCACAGAAAUCUUAUUUAUUUGGCUACUAUUGCUGAUGCAACUCCAGCUAGUGUACAGAAGACUGACUGAUCCCACAAACUUAGACACCCAUCAAUGGUGCCUAUAUAAAGCAUGGAGACAUGAUUGAAUUGGAGCUCUGAGGGAUACAACAUUCCCUCAUUUUGUCUGAUUGGCUAAGAGCAAGCUUUGAUAGGGAUCAGCUGGGAAUCCAGGGGCCAAGACUGAUAGGCAUUAGGGAGUAGAUUCUUAUAGGAAUAGAGUUGCUGUGGCCUUACAACCUAGUAGUGAUGAGCUGAUAAAUAUGUGGAAGAUCCCUCGUACCAGUCUUCCCCUUCCUUGGUUUUUUGGGGCUUUUUUUGAGGAAAAUUACACCUUUAUUUAAAAGUGCUACUGCCUAAGUCUUUCACGCUUCCUUGAGUGGUAGGUGACAAUGGGGAGUAGGAAAUCAAGCAAGCUGAAUUUCUUCACGUAUUCUUUUGGAAAAUGAGUGUAUUAAAGUGGUAAAUGAUGACACUGGGUGUCAGAGGGCAGGUUGAGCUUUGGAGAAAGGCUCAAGUUUUAACCCACUUACCCAGGAGAAAUAGGGAGAUAACUGGAGGUAGUCCGGGACUUGCUACCUUCAUUAUUGUAUUGCAGUAACAGCCAGAAACUCCAAGCAGAAUUAGGGCCUCG